CUCUCUGUCUUUUUAGGGACCGUGUGUUGCCACUGGAUUUUAACCUCAUGAGAGUUGCUGAUGUAGAAUAUGACCUGGUGAGGCGACUGGCUAGUCCUUCUAGCCCAAAUAUAAAUUGCAAUUGUAACACUGUGUGGAGGUACUACUGCAGAGACAACAUCGGCUGGAGAGAAUACUCUGAGCCUGUUGUUCAGUUAAUCGAAGAUGCUGCAUACAGAGGAUUGAAGGAAGUCCGAUUCGUCACCCUGCAAAACCAGUAUAUACUAAACAUCAAAGAAGGGUUUCAGCAAAAUGCUGUCUUUGGUUUUAGAAGACAAAUCAAGAAAAGACCUCUCUUCCUUUCAACUGUCACCCUUAUGCCAUAUUUACAAACACUUGGUGGCAUUGCGACAGCAUUAAGCCCAGCGGCCAGGCUUGCGUGCAAUCCCCCACUGUCUCCAGGUGUCUCUACCUCAUCAAGUCUUUAUCCAGAAACUUGGGUGGCAAUGGAGGCUUUCCAAGAUUUUGUCCAGGUGCCAGUGUCCAAGGAAGACAAAAGCUACAGAACUGUUUACAGUCUCUUUCAUAAGACAGUGUCAGAGACCAAAUAUAAAAUAUUGAAAAUUAUGAGGGUCCAGAAUCCUUUCCUUUGGGAAAAAUAUAAAAGGAAGAAAGAGUACAUGUCCCGAAAGAUGACAGAAAUGGACCGCAUGUUAAACGAAAGACACUUGUUUCAUGGGACUUCUCAAGAUGUGGUGGAUGGCAUCUGCAAGCACAACUUUGACCCCCGUGUUUGUGGGAAGCAUGCAACCAUGUUCGGACAAGGCAGUUACUUUGCCAGGAAGGCGAUCUACUCACACAACUUUUCCAAACGCUCUUCAAAAGGAAUACAUUAUAUGUUUCUUGCCAAGGUCCUCACAGGAAAGUAUACCGUGGGUAACCCCACAAUGAGAAGACCACCACACAUCAAUGCUAUUGACCCUUCUAGCGACCUGUUUGAUUCUUGUGUCGAUAACUGGAUAGACCCACAGAUUUUUGUUAUAUUCAAUGAUGACCAGAGUUACCCUUAUUUCAUUAUAGAAUAUGAAGAAGUUUCUGACACUGUGUGCAUUUAACUGCUGCUCUGCUCUGCUAGGAAACGAAACAAUAAACUGCCAGUUCCAUGGAAAAGUAUUCAAACCUUAAUAUUCUGUGGCGCAGGGCUAAUGAGCCCCAGGUCUGCAUUCAGGAUUUGAACAUUACAAAAGGCCAAGACCUUCUUUCCUCUGACCUCGGGGAUCCCAGCACAGCAUGCUAACUAAAAUACUGUAUGUGACAAGACUGUUCAUAGCAGCUGCAUUGUAACGUGUAGGAUUUUCAAAUGCUGUAAAUAUUUAAUGAACGACCGUAGAGGAAAGCAAAUAGUAUAUAGUACUACUGCAGUCACAACUGUAAGACAUGUACAUAUGAUUUCAUUGUUUAUAUAUUUUAAAUAUGUGCCUUCUGUUUAUAAAAAAGGUUUAUUUAUGUCAGUAAAUGUUACAUUAAAACAAUGAAUUGUAUUGAAGCAUUUCACUGAAAAGCAAGGACUUUUGCUUUUAUCGUUAUGUGUUUUUCAUUACAAAUAAACAAAUAAUCAAAAUUA